GGAAAUGUGCGCGUUUUCGAAGAUUGUUACUUUCCGAAUGAAACCGUAAGAAGUGUCCGGGUAGGAGGUCACACGUACAGACUUCUCUUUCUAAAUAGAAACGGCCAACACUAUUAGAUUAAAAAAAAGAUGCAGGCAUCCUUUAUCUUCGAUGUGACUAUUUCCUCUCCAUAGUUACUAAGUUUUGUUCCUUUGGAGGCCUUUGAAAAGAAAACAACGUCUUUAAAGGCAUAGUGAGUAGCCGCCGGGUGUGCGGGCCAGCAUGGACUCAGACACCAGCCUGGUGUCCAGCCGCCCUUCCUCCCCGGAGCCCGAUGAGAUCUUCGUGUCCUCCCGGAGCAAGAGCAGCGGAGGGGGCGGUGGCGGCUUUUCGGCGGGUGGCGCCGUCUCCAGCUCGACGCCCAGCGACUCUCCGGCUGAGCUAAGCGCGGAGCUGCGCAGCGCCAUGAGCGCCGCCGGGGUGGUGAUGGUGGACAAGCUGGCCUUCAAGUCGCCCUCGUCGUCGUCGUCGUCGUCCUCCUCUUCCUCGUCGUCUGCCUCUAAGAAGGACAAGAAGCAGAUGACGGAGCCGGAGCUGCAGCAGCUGCGCCUGAAGAUCAACAGCCGGGAGCGCAAGCGGAUGCACGACCUCAACAUCGCCAUGGACGGCCUGCGGGAGGUGAUGCCCUACGCCCACGGGCCGUCGGUGCGCAAGCUCUCCAAGAUCGCCACCCUCCUCCUGGCCCGAAACUACAUCCUGAUGCUGACCAACUCCCUGGAGGAGAUGAAGCGCCUCCUCAGCGAGAUCUACGGCGGGCACCACGCCGCCAGUUUUCACCCGGCUGCGGCUGCCGCCGCUGCUGCCGCCGCCGCCUGCCCCGGGGGCAUGGUGGGCCACUCGGCGCCUCUGCCCAGCCACCCGGCUUCCCACGCCCUGCACCACCCCAUCUUGCCCCCCGCCGCCGUCUCCAGCGCCUCCCUGCCCGGGUCCGGGGGGCUCUCGGCCGUCAGCUCCAUCCGGCCCAGCCACGGCCUUCUCAAGUCGCCGUCCAGCGCAGCGGCUGCGGCAGCGGCUGCUGCGGCCGCCGCCGCUGCCGCUUCGGGCCCCCUGGGCAGCAGCUUCCAGCACUGGGGAGGGAUGCCCUGCCCCUGCAGCAUGUGCCAGGUGCCCACCCCGUCGCACCAUCACGUCUCCGGCAUGAACACGGCCAGCCUGCCCAGAUUAACCAGCGACGCCAAAUGAAAGUCCGCGACAGGAGGGGAGGGGGAGAGACAAAAUAUGCACAGAGAGGAAAAGAUGGGGGCUAAGGACUCCACAAACUGAAUCUCGCCCUUUCAGGACUUACAAAGCUUGACCACAUCACCCUUCAUUGCCCCACCGCAACCCCCCAAGGUAGGAUCCUGCGGUACUUACCUGGAGACGACAGCGCACUCUUCUUUAGGAGACUCCUCCAGAAAACUUGCGGGGAUGGGUGGCGGAGGAUUCCUGCGGAACUCCGUUACCGGCUUCACUCCGAUCUCAGUCUCCAUCGUGUGUAAACUUUUCCGCGCUUCGCUUUCGGAACCUUGUACGGUGUUUCGUUUCGUUUUUUUUAAAAAAAUGGUAGACGGUGCAAACAAGUUUAGGCACUCGCCUUCAAACCAGAGGCAAUCCGACUGUCCAGCAUUUCUCUCUCUCUCUCUCUCUCUCUCUAGGUUUUUCUUUUAAAUCGGGGCGGGGGAUCUUCAGCCAGAUCUAAAUACAUACACACUCCGAAUCUUACACACGUAAUAAAUUGGCCUUCAGUCCUUUGAAAUCAGUGGGGUUUACUUCCUAGUAAAUGUAUUGAAACUACCUCUGUGGGGAAGUGUAAAACACCCGAACGUUUACCUGGAAUUCGGAGCUUCUUUUCACGUUACAGAGUUAGGAUUGGGUCGGAAGUAUUGCAAUGAAAUAAACCCCACUGAUUUCAAAAGGAAUUUAAUUCUACCAGAAUCUGAACGUAUUUAUUUACAGGUAGGCUCCACUGACUUCCACGGAGCAGCCCGAUCCUGAACAAACUAGUGGAAGUCAUCGCUGAAACUAAGAGGAUGUACUUCUGAACAAGAGAUAUGAUCCAGCCAGAGUGAGACAGCUUUAAAAGACAACAAAGAGUCUUGUGGCACUUUGAAGGCCAUCAUAUUGAUGAUGGCAUAAGCUCCCGCGGACUCAAGUCCACAAGUACAUGAAAUGCUACAAGGCUCUUGGUUGGUUUGGCUGAUCUCUACACUGGUGAAACAUGCGGCCUGAUCCUGGGCGUGUCUCCUCCGAAGUAAGUCCGAGGGAAGGCAGUGGGGCUUACUUCCAGGGCUAUUGAGUGUGCAGAUUGCAGCCUUCAGCGAUGAGAGCCACGAGACGGAAAAUGUCGGCUGGAUGCUCGUGUCCAAGAUCUUUAGGAUCGCAGUGCUAACAUUUCGAGCCGAUCAUUUUGGACCCGCAUCUUUCAUACGCAAGCACUAGGGAGGCCAAAUCUCAGAAGUUAUGAAUUUGUUGUUGCUGUUGCUGCUAGGGAGUGAAGUGGGGGUAGUGUCGGUUUUGUAGACACGCUCCCAGAUUUGUAGCAUUUUUAGCUUUCUUAUUGUCAGGGCUUGUGCUUCAAGACUUGCAGGGGCGGGGAGGGUGCGGGACCUUUUCUUCUGCCAGGGUGCACGGCUCGAAGCCUUUCCUGCUGAAGCGUCACAGGUUUUCCAAAACACCCCCCCCCCAUGAAAGAGAUCCCUGCACUGUUCGUGCAGCAAUAUUCAGAUUCUCCCAUCACACACACGCUUGUUUCUGAAUAACCUCUUUUCUUCUUCUUUUCUUAGCGCUGUCACCUUCAAGAGAUUUUUUAUUACCUGUUUAUUUUUAUAAAUAUAUAUAAAAAAUAAAGAAAUGGGGGAAAAGUUGCUAAAUAAUAUUUAUUGUUUGGUUGCAAAAAAAAAGUGAUCCACUGUCGACAUUUUUAAAUAAUAAUAAUAAAAGAAAGAAAGUAGACGAUGGCUU